UCCCAACGUAAACAAACAAUCGCAGCGGACGAGGCGAGAGACACAACACGUGAAGCCGAGAUGAGGGCGUUAAAAUAUUCAGAGAAAAAGCUGCUCAAGCACACAGACUUUAUAAAAUGGGACGUUGACAACAAUUUACAGGAGGUGAAGAUAAUGAGGAAAUAUAUGAUUCAGAAGAGAGAAGAUUAUACGCAGUACAACAAAAUGUCCCGUGAGAUCCGUGACUUAGCCAACAAGAUCAAGGACUUGGAAUCAAAAGACCCCUACAGAGUGGAGGCCAGCGGGAAAUUGAUGGAGAAAUUAUAUGCUAUGGGACUCAUCCCAACCAAGUGGAACCUACAGUUCUGCAAUCGCAUCACUGCCUCUGCCUUCUGCCGAAGACGUUUGCCAUGUGUCAUGGUGAGAAGCAGGAUGGUCCAGGACUUGCGUUCAGCCAUUACCUUCAUUGAACAGGGACACAUUCGGGUUGGGGCAGAAGUGGUGAAAGAUCCUGCCUUCCUUGUCACCAGGUAAAAUCAGGGAAAAUUUC